CCCGGCCCCGCCGCCAUGGCCAGUGACAGCGGCGGGCCCGGCGCGGCCGGCGCCGGCGAGCGCGACCGGCAGUACUGCGAGCUGUGCGGGAAGAUGGAGAACCUGAUGCGCUGCGGGCGCUGCCGCAGCUCCUUCUACUGCAGCAAGGAGCACCAGCGCCGGGACUGGAAGAAGCACAAGCUGGUGUGCGCGGGCGGCGAGGCGGGCGCGGGCGCGGGGCCGCCCGCCGCGGGCGCCGCCGCCGCCGGGGCCGCGCGCCCGGACGCCGCCCGCCGCCGCCCGCCGCCCGCGCCCGCCCGGCGCUCGCCCGGCCCCGAGCGCGCCGGCCCGUGCCCCGCGGCGGCCGGCGAGGCGCUGAGCCCCGGCGGCGGCGGCGGCGGCGGCCCGGCGCGGCCCAACGGGCAGACCAAGCCGCUGCCCGCGCUGAAGCUGGCGCUGGAGUACAUCGUGCCCUGCAUGAACAAGCACGGCAUCUGCGUGGUGGACGACUUCCUGGGCCGCGACACCGGGCAGCGCAUCGGCGACGAGGUGCGCGCGCUGCACGACACCGGCCGCUUCACCGACGGGCAGCUCGUCAGCCAGAAGAGCGACUCCUCCAAGGACAUCCGGGGCGACCAGAUCACCUGGGUGGAGGGCAAGGAGCCCGGCUGCCAGACCAUCGGGCUGCUCAUGAGCAGCAUGGACGACCUCAUCCGCCACUGCAGCGGCAAGCUGGGCAACUACCGGAUCAACGGCCGGACCAAAGCGAUGGUAGCUUGUUACCCGGGCAACGGAACAGGCUACGUUCGUCACGUUGAUAAUCCGAAUGAAGAUGGAAGAUGUGUGACCUGUAUAUAUUAUCUAAAUAAAGACUGGGAUGCCAAGGUAAGCGGAGGUAUACUUCGGAUUUUUCCGGAAGGCAAAGCCCAGUUUGCUGACAUUGAACCCAAAUUCGAUAGACUGCUGUUUUUCUGGUCUGACCGCCGCAACCCUCAUGAAGUACAACCAGCCUACGCUACAAGGUACGCAAUAACUGUUUGGUAUUUUGAUGCAGAUGAGCGAGCAAGAGCUAAAGUGAAAUAUCUAACUGGUGAGAAGGGCGUGAGGGUUGAGCUCAACAAGCCUCCGGAGUCCAUCAGCAAGGAUGCGCAGUAGAGCCUCUGCCCGGCGACGCCCGGCCCGCCCGCCGGCAGGCCUCGGGGCCGUCCGCUGCCCGCCGGGACCCCGCGCCGGGACGCCGGCAGGUGCCGCGUGGCGGCUCACGGGGCGGAGACGAGGGUCGCGGGCUGGAGGAGCGGAGCAGCGGCCGCCCCGUGCCCCGCGCCCGCGGGCGAAGGAGGCCCUGGGUAGACGCGUUUCCAUUUUUAUAUUUUGCCAGAUCUGUCAUUUAGCUGAGUUCAUCUCUCUCUUUUUUAUAUCAAGUUUGAAUUUGGGAUAAUUUUUGUAUGAUUAGGUACAAUUUAUCAAAACUGAAUUGAGAAAAAAAUUACAGUAUUAUUCCUCAAAAUAACAUCGAUCUAUUUUUGUAAACCUCUUCGUAUAUUAAAUUUUGCCCUAAAAGACCUCUUGCGAUGAUUGUUGGCAGUGACUGGUGGUUCGUUCGCUUUGGACUGAAAUGAGGAAGGAGCACUUCAGUUGCCCACUGGAAACCCAGAAUGUUCCUUGGCCUGACUCACACUAAUCUGAACUCGGAAGAUCCCUGUUUGGCAUCGUUAGUAACGAAACCUAACUAUAGAUUGUUGCCUCUGAGUAGCCAUUGCCUUUCAGUUCAUGUUUUACAAGGGAAAAAAAAGAGACACAGGAAGAAGGGCAUCAUGGUUUAUUUAUUUAUUUUUUUAACGAAGUGACUGGCACUACAUGGACUUGAGGCUGUCCCCGCCUCGGGCUCCUGAGUCAAAGGGCUUUCUCCUGCUCCUCCCGUGUCGCCCUGCUCUCCCUCCCUCCCUCCCCGCUGCCUGUGCGCCUCCCACAGGUGCGUGGAGACCCCACCUCCCGGAAGGGCGGGCUGUCCUGUCUUCCUGUGCCCUGGGCUCCACAGCGAAGCGCAGAGGUGGCCCGAGGUCUGCCAGCUGCCUCUGGUCUCCUUUCCCGGAACGUGGCUGUGCACAGAGUCCUUUUCCAGCCUCGCACGUCGCCGUCACCCAGAGAAGGCCACGCUGUGCAGACGCGGGGCUCGCUGUGCGGGGCUGCGUGCCCAGUUCUGCCCCGCGCCCCCCCCGCCCCCCUCCACCCCGGUGACCACCACCACCUCCAGCAAGUGCCUCGCCAGCCCGUGGUGCGCCCCGUCGAGCCACGCCCCCCGCACUCCUGCCUGCCGGGGCAGGCGAAGCCCCUCCCGGGGUGAGAGCCAGGCUGCCCGGCACGGCAGCCUUUUGGGGGGGGGGGGCCCUGCCGCCGCCAGGCUGCGCCACUGCCGGUGGACACUCCGGGGCCUGCUGGGGCCUCGCUCGCCAGACAGGUAGUACAGGGAAUGGUUUUCUUGGAGACCAUUGUGAAAAGAUUCAGAGACCAGGACAGCCGUUUCCUUAAUAAUCAUUUAAAGCCUUUGAUUUCCUGUUAGUCCGACCAGUAACUCACCACCACCAGGACUUUAAAGCAGAGUCUAAAACGGACCAGAGGCUUCUGUGUGUCGGUCCUGCUUGGAGAUAAAGCUUUAUGAUGCUGUUUCUAUCCAACACAUUAACCAGCUGUAAAACACACCUUGACAAUAGCAGGCGAAGGACUCCAGGGUUCACCUCAAAGGAUCCACUCUAAAGUCAUGUAAUUGGAAAAGCAGUGUUGCGUUAUGGAAGAGCUCUCAAGUUGCUUGUAAAGCUAAUCUAAUUAAAAAGAUAUAUAAAUCUUCUUGAAAA